GCAGACACAGCGAUAUCUCGUUGCCCUCUCGUCCGUCCCACCAUGGCCGCCCGAGCGAGCAUUGUCCGCUCCGCGCGGAGCGCGGUGCAGUCCGCUAAUGCCACCGCCGCCGUCACGAGCACCACCUCCACCGCCGCCCGCCGGCUCUUCGCGACGUCGGCGAGCAGGACCAAGGAGCUGGCGGGCAACAUUGGCGACCUCCCGAACAUGCGCCAUGCCCAACGACCAAGCGCAGAAACGCUGCACGCGCCCAUUGUCAACCCGGCGGACAAGUACCAGGCCAAGGCAGAGAGCCUGCACGCGUACGGACAGUACCUCAUCUCGUGCCUGCCCAAGUACAUCCAGCAGUUCUCGGUGUGGAAGGACGAGCUCACCAUCUACAUCCCACCUUCCGGCGUCAUUCCCACCUUCACCUUCCUCAAAAAUCACACCGCCGCCGAGUUCACCUGCAUCGCCGAUAUCACCGCCGUCGACUACCCAACUCGCGACCAGCGCUUCGAGGUUGUGUACAACCUACUGUCGGUUCGCCACAACGCCCGCAUUCGCGUCAAGACCUAUGCCGACGAAGCGACCCCAGUACCCUCCAUCACCAGCCUCUACGACGGUGCCAACUGGUACGAGCGUGAGGUCUACGAUCUGUUUGGUGUGUUCUUCGUCGACCACCCCGAUCUCCGCCGCAUUUUGACCGACUACGGCUUUGAUGGACAUCCGCUGCGCAAAGAUUUCCCCUUGACCGGCUACACUGAGAUCAGAUACGACGAGGAGAAGAAGCGAAUAGUGGUCGAGCCUUUGGAGCUCACCCAGGCGUUCCGCAAUUUUGAGGGAGGUUCAUCAGCAUGGGAGCAGGUUGGACCCGGUCACGAACGAAAACCCGAUACGUUCAAAUUACCUACACCAAAGCCGGAACCGCCCAAGGAGGAAGAGAAGAAGAAAUGAAGCGUCUGAAACGUGGUUCAAUGGCUGUAGGAAUACCUCUGUACAUACAGAUACAAACACAUUCAGAAAGUUUACACCCCCA